AGCAGCCCAGAAGUGGGUCACCGAGCAGCUGUGGCACUUCCUGCCGAGAACGUCUCGCUCGGCUAUGCAGAGUUCCACGAACAGGUUGAGCGCGUGGCUGAAGGUCUGCUCUCGUUGGAAGUGGAGUCGGGGUCACGGGUGGCUAUUCUGUCACCCACUUGCCACCGGUACAUCGUCUGCCAGUUCGCCGCGGCCAAGGCGGGACUCACUCUGACGUCGUGUAGAGUACUCCUGGUUGGUCGGGGUUUCAAAAAGCAGGACUACUCACAGUGGGCUCAGGACCUGGCUGGAGGCCACAGAGCGCCACUCUCUCUGGAGAGGUACCCUUCCCUCAAGUACAUCAUCUCGCUGGACAACGCCGCUGACACCAGGGGCGUGAUGGGCUUCUCGGAGUUGCUGUCCUUGGGCCAAGGCCACGCGUCGCGGCUGAGCAGUGCAAGUCCCGACCUUCACUCGGUGGCCAGUAUGCUCCACUCUUCGGGUUCCACUGGAAUUCCAAAGAUCAUUCCUCUGAGUCACUUCAACUUGGUAAAUGCGGUGCACCUAUUCCGCCACACGACAGGAUUCGAAGCAGAGCGCAGCGUGAUGUGUUGCGUGAUGCCACUGUACCACGCUUUCGGGCACGUCGACUUUGCCAUCUGUGGCAUAGCGGAGGGCAUCACCACCGUCUACCUGCCGCCCGGAACCCCUCCCGCUCACAUCCUGGCGUGCAUUGAACAGUACAAGUGCACAACGUUACAGGGAACGCCAACACUCUACCACGACUUGCUGCACUCUCCGGAACUUGGGCGCCGGGACGUUAGCAGCAUUUGCGAAGGGCUCAUUGGAGCAACGAGCUUGCAGCGGCCGGCUCUGGAGAACAUUGCUGAAAAACUUCACAUUCGUCGCUUAGUGAUGGCGUACGGAUUGACGGAGACAGCCGGCCCCAUAGCGAUGGGUCUGCAUGAAGAAGACGGCUACCGACCUCUGCCCCACACAGAGUGCCGCGUGCGUGACAGUGAACUUCACGUGCGCGGACCCACGGUGUUCGCUGGCUACUGGGAUCACCACGAGUCAGGGCUUCUGCCUGACGGCUGGCUGCCCACAGGGGACCAGGUGGAAUUCACGGAGAAGAACCUGCUACGGAUCCGUGGCCGUAUCAAGGACUUGGUUAUCAAAGGCGGCGUCAACAUUAGCCCCGAGGAAAUCGAGCUUGCACUAACUGAGCACGAGUCUGUGGAAGAGGCGAGCGUGGUCGGUGUUCCGGACGAGAGGCUGGGCGAGGAACUGUGUGCCUUGGUGCGGCUGGCACCUGGCACGCGAGACAAGAUCACUGAGCAGCAACUUCGAGAGCACUGCAAGCGCAAGGUGAACAGUUUGAAAGUACCACGGUACAUUGAGAUCGUCGACGACUUCCCUCGGACCAGCGUGGGGAAGAUCUCCAAGCGAGACAUACGCAGCGCCAUGGCAGACAAGCUGUGCGGGAAAUCCUAGGCGCUCGCCGGAACCUAUAUUGCAUGACAUUUCCAUGACAAUGGCGAAAUGGGCCCACUGAGUGCUGAAUAACUGCAUCUGGGCUGACCCGAUUGCGGCUUGAGGAGCACAUCGGGCUGCACGAUUCUAGCCCGAUACAGUGUUUUCUACUGUUUCUUUUUGGAGUGGCCGUUUUCUUCUAGCGCUGUCGUAUUCCCUGCACGGCAGAAGUUCAGGUGAAGAUGGAAUCUU